AUGCCGAUAAGUACCAUUCAUGAGGCAGCCAAAGGAGCAUUUGAGGCACUCUUCGAGGCUUGGGCCGGAAAGGACUUGAAUUCCCCCCUGGUUGCUACGGGUGCUGCAAAUUUCCGAGGUAGCUCGAACAGAAACAAAUGCCCGGAUUCAGGGUGGCGCCCUGAAUAUUCUGCAGGUGGUAGAGCAACGGACUGGCCGACUAUAGCCGUCGAAGUCGUCUGGACCGGGGCAGAAUAUCUAUUGAGGAAUGGAGAUCAAGAGGACCAAAUCGAGCUCCUGUCCCUCGCCAAACUAUUGAAAUUGUCCGUUAUCCGGCCCCCAAAUGCUCGAAAGUUUCAGGGAGCUUUCGAGUACCCUACGAAAAAAAUACACACCCGGAAAAAGCCAAAGAACGGAUCAGAUUUUGUGCUGGGCCCUCAGGAGAUGGAAUUCGUUGCAUACAGGGUUUGGGAUGCUCAGUUUAAGGGCCGUCCCUAG